CCCGUGAAUUUUCGUGUGAAAAUGGAAAAUAACGUAGGCACAGCCAUAGAAAAAAUUAAGUUACAGGAGCAAGAUAAAGAAGCCAAACUGCGGGAAAAACGAGAAUAUGAAGCAGCCGUGAACUCAUUAAAUCGUUCUAUUCGUGAAGCAUUAUUCCAAAUUGAAAAACAUCAAGAAGAAAUCAAAGAGUUAACUAAGGGAAACGAUCUACUAAAAGCUCAGUUGGAGGUGGAGCGCAUUAAACGUUGUGCAGUUGUGGCGCAAAUAGAGGCUUGUAAUAAAGAAAUAGAAGUUUUAAGGGCCCAGUCCGAUAAAGGUAUAUCAGAUGUGUGGUCUCUCCGGUCCUCCUUAUGCACAGCAGUUCAGAAUGUUUCCGACGAGUGCGACGUGUGGGGUCUUUUGGUGAAGCCCAUAAACACUGAUCCAAUACACAGGAUAGUGAAGAAACCUACCGAGAAUAAUGAAGAGGCAGAAUUUGAGGAACGUCUCAAACUGGCUAAAGAAAGAUAUGAAAGGGCUGUGGCGGAGCGUGAGCGUUUGUUGGCUGAACCGGAGAAGGGUGAAGAAUUUAUAAGGCAUGGUCAAAAUCUAAUUAUUAUAUUAAGUUUAAAAAAAAUAUCUACUGUUGUCCUAGACCCAACCCAGUGGGGGUGACCCCCAUGACCCUCGUCCUCGUUACCCCGGCUACUCACGUAACGAUAAAUCGUUGCGAUAAAACUGUGCAGUCCGACUGUGCAGAUAAAUCGAACCGUGUGUAUGUCGAUUAUCGUAACGAUUUGUCAUACACACGGUUCGAUUUAUCUGCACAGUCGGACUGCACAGUUUUAUCGCAACGAUUUAUCGUUACGUGAG